AUGUUCACCAAAGUAAUCUCUUUGAGCGCUGUAUUAGCAGUGGCCGCGGCUGGGCUCUUGGUGGAGCCUCACUACUCUUCAGCUGCUGCUGUCUCGUCACAAAGCAUUGUGCAUCACGACCAGCCCCACGUUGCGGUUGCAGCUCAUGUAGGUUACCAUGCCGCACCUGUUGCAUACCACGCUGCACCUGUGGCCUACCAGGCUUCUCCCGUGCACUACUCUUCCGCCGCCGCAGUAUCUUCGCAAAGCAUCCAACGUCAUGAUCAGCCUCAAGCCACUGUUGCCCACUACGCUGCUACACCUGUGACCCAUUACGCCACUGCCCCUGUUGCUCACUACGCUGCGGCACCCGUUGCCCACUACGCUGCUGCACCUGUAGCCCACUACGCAGCACCUGCUCACAGACUCGUGUCCGCCCAUGAUGAGGAGGAAUACGCUCACCCCAAAUACGACUUCUCAUACUCCGUAGCCGACGGUCACACCGGCGACAACAAGUCUCAACACGAGAGCCGCGACGGUGACGCCGUGCACGGCGAGUACUCUCUGCUCGAAGCUGACGGCUCUGUGCGCACAGUCCAAUACACCGCUGAUGCCCACAACGGUUUCAACGCUGUGGUCAGCAACUCCGCCCGUGCCGAACACGCCACUCAUGCGCCAGCGCAAAGCAUUGUGCAUCACGACCAGCCCCACGCUGCGGUUGCAGCUCAUGUAGGUUACCAUGCCGCACCUGUUGCAUACCACGCUGCACCUGUGGCCUACCAGGCUUCUCCCGUGCACUACUCUUCCGCCGCCGCAGUAUCUUCGCAAAGCAUCCAACGUCAUGAUCAGCCUCAAGCCACUAUUGCCCACUACGCUGCUACACCUGUGGCCCAUUACGCCACUGCCCCUGUUGCUCACUACGCUGCGGCACCCGUUGCUCACUACGCUGCCGCACCUGUAGCCCACUACGCAGCACCUGCUCACAGACUUGUGUCCGCCCAUGACGAGGAAUACGCUCACCCCAAAUACGACUUCUCGUACUCCGUAGCCGACGGUCACACCGGUGACAACAAGUCUCAGCACGAGAGCCGUGACGGUGACGCCGUGCACGGCGAGUACUCUCUUCUCGAAGCUGACGGCUCUGUGCGCACAGUCCAAUACACCGCUGAUGCCCACAACGGUUUCAACGCUGUGGUCAGCAACUCCGCCCGUGCCGAACACGCCACUCAUGCGCCAGCGCAUAUCCUCGCACACCAUUGA